ACAGGACAUCAAGCGAGCACUAAAGCCUCGACUCGAAGGCGCAAAAAUUCCAAACAGGAACAGCCACAACAGGAACAAUCUGAUUUCUAUUUUUGUGAAAAGUAAACGAUUGAUAAAACUCAUAAAACUAGAAUCGGGUUCGAUUUAAUCGAUUCACUAUGCAUCAGUUAACUGCUAUACCCAAGUUGGAAUCGGAAACUAUCAAGAUCUUCAUUGAGCAAAAUGGUUUUGUUACCGGCAAUAGCGACGAUACCUCUAACGGCACUCGAAGGACACGAUCUGCGUUGAAAAAAGUGAUUGAUAACAUCAUCGUUGAAGACUUGAAGAUUUUGACUCAUACUAAAACGAUCAGCAUUCAGGGAUGCUUGAAGGAAGUCGCUGCUGCAAGCGUGAAAUCGAAGAAAAAAAAAGUUGAAGAAACGAAAACUAUUCUGGAGGUGCAUACGAUUAGGGCAGAGUUCCACGAAGUGAUUGGAGAGCUAACUGCGGUGCAGUGCGUUGAUUGCGACAAGACCAAAGCAAAGUGCAGUAAAAUAUACUCCUACCUGAUAUGGUUACAACAGAAACAGCAGAAAGUUAUCCAAGAAAUUGAGAACACGGAUGAAAACGAAUCUAAGAAAAUUAAACGUGAACGCAAUAGUAACGGAGUACUUCAGCCGGUAAAUUUCGGUACCAAGCCACCCAAAAUAGAACUACCGUCGUUGCCUAAACUGAAGAAAGAGGCCAUGGCACCCGUCUGUCCAAUGGAAAUGGAAUCGGCACUGAAAUUGUCACUGUUCAAUCUGAUCCGCGAGUAUUCGGGUAACGAUCCGCAUGAGUUCCUUCAGUUUUGCGGACAGCGAAUGAUGGAGGAAAAUUGCGGUAAGGCUCAGAUUCUUACCGUGGAACAGGCCGAUACCGACUUGUGGCAUGAGCUGCGUAAAGGCAGAGUUACAGCAUCGCGAAUGCAUGAAGCUUCUCGUUGCACAAUGCUGAACGGAUCUCUAACCAGCAAAAUAAUGGGCAUUAGCUCCGGAUUCUCAUUUGCCAUGAAACGAGGUACCGAUCUGGAAGGACAUGUUUUUGCCGUACUCCAAAAGGAGUACCCUUCCCUGAGAAACACCGGUUUGGUGCUAGAUCCGGAGUUCCCCUGGAUGGGAGCCUCGCCGGACGGAUUAGCUGACGAUUUCGUGUUGGAAAUCAAGUGCCCUUACACGCCGAACACGUACGCAUGCUACAUCGACGUGAACAAGUUGUCCAAGAAGUACUUCGCACAGAUUCAGCUCCAGAUGCACAUGACUCGCAAGACGAAGGCACUGCUCGGUGUAGCGGCGCUUGAUUUUGAGAAGACGCGGAACGUGACCAAGGUAUGGAUCGAUUACGACAAGGAGUACGUGGACAAGGUCAUGGAGGACUCUUUCGAGUUUUGGCAGAAGGGUGUCUUCCCAGCGCUGCUGAGGAAGCGCAAAUCCAAGAAGUGAACUAGUUGGAAAACGUUAUAUAUUUCAUCGUAUUCUAUUUGUGUACUGAAUUCGUUUAUUUUAAGUUUUUUUAUUCAUUGAUUACGAUAAGUUGAAUGUACCAUUAAUUGAAUUGUUAGCUUUCGUUUUUUUACGAUACGGACUGAAAUCAUCAAUAAAGAAAGUAUGAUUACAAAAAUA